AUGCAAAGGUUUACAUUGGGUCUCGGACUGUGUUUACUGGCAGCUUCGGUGUCUGCAAUUCCAGUCGAUAAUAAUGUAGAAGGAGAGCCAGAGAUCGAAUGUGGACCAACAUCUAUCACAGUAAACUUCAACACCCGUAACGCAUUCGAAGGACACGUCUACGUGAAGGGACUCUUCGAUCAACAAGAGUGCAGAAAUGACGAGGGAGGACGGCAAGUUGCCGGAAUCGAGCUUCCAUUCGACACUUGCAACGUGGCACGUACCAGAUCAUUGAAUCCAAAAGGAGUCUUUGUCACCACCACUGUCGUCGUCUCCUUCCAUCCACAAUUCGUCACCAAAGUCGAUCGCGCCUACCGUAUCCAAUGCUUCUACAUGGAAGCCGACAAGACCGUCUCCACUCAAAUCGAAGUUUCCGACCUCACCACCGCCUUCCAAACUCAAGUUGUCCCAAUGCCAAUCUGCAAAUACGAGAUUCUCAACGGAGGACCAACCGGAGAACCAGUUCAAUUCGCCACCAUCGGACAACAAGUCUAUCACAAAUGGACCUGUGAUUCCGAGACUGUUGACACCUUCUGCGCUGUUGUUCACUCUUGCACAGUCGAUGAUGGAAACGGUGAUACCGUCCAAAUUCUUGACGAGAACGGUUGUGCUCUCGACAAAUUCUUGUUGAAUAACUUGGAGUAUCCAACUGAUUUGAUGGCCGGACAAGAGGCUCACGUCUACAAAUAUGCUGAUCGCUCUCAGCUCUUCUACCAAUGUCAAAUCUCCAUCACUGUCAAGGAGCCAAAUGAGGAGUGUGCUCGUCCAACUUGUUCUGAGCCUCAAGGAUUCGGAGCCGUCAAGCAAGCCAACCAGACCGCCCAGUUCUUCAGAGUUUUGAAGAAGAGAUCCGCUGAGGCUAUGGAGAAUGUUUUGGAUGUUCGCGCCGAGUUGACCACUUUGGAAGUUUUGGAAGGAGAUCUCCCAGCCUCUCUCCGUUCCUCUGCUCAAGCUCUCGUCGCUUCCAGCGAAAUCGGAUACGACUCCUUCGGACAAGGCUUCUGUAUCAGCUACUUCGCUGUCUCUAUCGCCACUGUCAUCGCUGCUUCCACCAUUUUCGUCGCCAUUUUCAUGACUUACAUGAUUGUGGUCCGAUUGAUGAUCCCAUCGAAGAAAGAACAAUCAGUUUGCUAG